AUGAUUUUUUUCAUCUUUUUACACAUUGCUAGUGCAGCACUUUUAGGAGAAAGAACAGUUUUGACGAGUUCAGCUGUAGAAGGAGAGCUUCUUAGGGUCAGGUAUGUUUUAAAUAAUACUUUUGAACAGUAAUCUCAAAUUAGUGAAAUCCGUAAUGUGGCUCUUUUCGACCCGAGCUUUACAAGAUCAAAUGUAAUCUUUGUUGAAGGCAAGUCCAAAGCGAAGCUGACAUAUGGCACCAUAAAAUCUGGGAAAGCUUACCAUGUUGAUUUAGACAUGAUCCCUAGAUCUCCAAAUAAAAUACCAUUACUCAUAGCAAAUGCUACUUAUGAGCUUCCAGAUUCAUCUAUUCAGACAAUUCCUUUAUUUUCUGAAGGGGAAAUCAACGUAAUAUCUAACUCCUUCAUAUCGAAUGAUUCAAUUGAAAAUUUCUUAAUAAUGGGGAAAUUAGCAUAGUCACCUGCACAUUAAAUAAAAUAAUUAUAAGGUCAAUAAAGAAAUUUAUAUAUAAAUGUCUUCAGAAGUUUUUUGUUCUCUAUUCUAUCAAUUAUUCCAAUCGGCUCAAUCAAAGAUUGGGAUAAGCGAAAGUCUUUCCUCAAUGACGUGAAAGUAUCACAAGUAUUUUAUCUUUGGCUUUUUAUGUGCCUUAUCACAAUUGUCCCAAUCCUCUAUUCUUUUCAAAUCAGAAAAGCAAAGAAUAAUUUAAUUAAGUCAAAAUCAAGCUAA